GUUAUCGACAGGAGGUUAUUAUUUUUAUAGAUAUUAUUUUGCCAGAAAUUACUUGUAUUACGUGCAACAAAUGCUCAUAUUCUUCUACAUUUGGUUAGCCCUAGAAAUCAGCAAUAGAUUUCAAAUAUUAAACAAUCUAUUUGAAAAUCAAUUUUCGUUGAAAAUGCAGAGUCCGAUUUACAGCACUCAUACUCAUUCUGCAUACAAAAAGAUGAAUUUGUUGAAGGAAAUAAGUCAUAUUAGAAUAUUCCAUGACCAUCUGUGCGAAAUGGUAGUGGCUAUGAAUGAUAUUUUUGGCUUUGUUAUUUUGUUUGCUGUUUUAUUUAGUCUUGCUUUCACUUUGGAGUAUUUGAUUAUAUUAAUUUUGUAUGUAAUCAUGAAACAUUUGCUGAAUGGUAAGGAAAUUUUGGUUGAAGUAAAAUACGCAAGUAUUAUGUGGAUUUUGGAGAACUGUAUUAGAGUUGUUACCUUAGCGUACACCGGUGAAAGACUCUCACGACAAGCCAAUAGAAUGAUAGAUAUCUGUUGCAAGAUGAUGAAGAAGAUCGAUUUGAUAAUUGGUGAGGAUGCAAAAAGAAUAAAAUCAGAAUUGAAAUUUACGUUGGUGCAGAUCAGUCACAGGCAACCGACUUUGAGCGCGGCCGGAUUUUUCAACGUCAAUUUUCAGAUGAUCGGUUUCCUAAUUUCCAGUCUUACCUCGUAUAUUUUGGUGGCCGUGCAGUUUUUUCAAUCACAAUAUGCGUUAUCUUCUCAAAGGACAUGAUUAAUAUAAUUAUCUGAUACCUGCAUGUCAAUUAGAAAACUUAAUAUUAUCUCUAAAUACUAUUUGAAAUUAUAAUACUGAACUGAACUCACAAUAUUAAAUAAAUAUUAUUAUUUUACUUACAUUUGGAUCUUUGAAAAGGCACUUUUUUACAAUAUUUAGUACUUGAUAAAUAAUUGUAGAAAACACUUUUAUUUUCAUCGACAAAUAAUAAAAAUUAACGUUAGUUGCAAACGACC